AUGCCGUCGAUCGUAAAGACAACCUCUGUUCAGUCUCCGCCCCCUAAAACUACCUCCCUUUCCGGCCGCGUUCCUCCGCCACCUUCCAGUUCCUCCGUGGAAGAUCACUUCUUUUGGACAUACACGGAAGAGCCACAUAAGUCAAGAAGGCAGGCGAUUAUUAAAGCACAUCCAGAGGUCCUUAAGCUAUGCGGCAUUGAACCAUUAACGAAAUAUGUCGUCCUCGGCGUCGUUUCUCUACAAGUUGCCUGCGCUUAUCUUCUACGAAAUACCCCGAUACUAUCAUGGCCCUUUCUCCUGACCGCCUAUGUGAUUGGGGCUACUUCGAAUCAAAACUUGUUCCUAGCAAUUCACGAAAUCUCUCAUAACCUAGCCUUCAAAUCCCCUUUGGGGAACCGGCUAUUGGCAAUCUUUGCAAACUUUCCUAUCGGAUUGCCAUAUAGUGCUGCAUUUAGACCUUACCAUCUCACCCACCACAAAUCUCUCGGUGUUGCAUCUCUAGAUACAGAUCUUCCAACAGCCCUUGAAGCUGUUUUCCUGGAUUCGAUUCUGGGAAAGGCAUUUUUUUGCACAUUUCAAAUCCUGUUCUACGCCAUUCGUCCCAUGUUCAUUUAUACUCCCGCCUUUACUGACAUUCACUUCCUGAAUAUCAUUGCCCAAUUCGCUUUCGACUUUGCCCUUUACAAACUCUGUGGCUCUUCCGUGCAACCAAUUUACUAUCUUCUUCUUAGUUCAUUUCUCGCCGGGUCCCUACACCCUUGUGCUGGUCACUUCAUUGCAGAACACUACUUCUUUUCAAAAACUGGCGGGGGCACAGAAUCCCUUGAAGAACAGAAAAAGGCAAAGAAAGAAUCCUGCAUUUCUCCCUUGGCAUCUCUUACUCCACCAGAGACAUAUUCAUAUUACGGCCCUCUUAACAUCCUAACCUACAAUGUUGGCUUGCACAACGAACACCACGACUUCCCUGCUAUUCCUUGGACUAGAUUGCACAAACUGCACCACAUUGCGAAGGAGUUUUACGAACCCCUACCGUGCCAUCGCAGCUGGGUGUGGGUGAUUUGGACGUUCAUCUUAGAUAAAAACGUUGGCCUCUGGUGCCGAGUGAAGAGAGCUGAGGGAGGAAGAAUGGUCGGAGGAAAAGAUGGGAAGGGCUGGAAGGAGAGCGAGAUCCAGAAUUGA